AUGUAAUCCAAAGUAAAUUAAUUAUUAAUCUAACUUUAGUUACAAUAAAUUACUAUCCAAUAUUUUUCAAAGAAAAAAUAAAUGAUAUAAAAUAAAAAAUAUUUUAACAAUCUAGAGGAAUUUUUAAACUCUGGAUUUUAAGAACAUUAGGUUCUCAAUAUUGAUCUGAAGGAGUGUGAUAUUGGUGAUAAAGAUGCAUCAAGCUUAGGUUCUGCAAUAGGAAAUUGUACUAAUCUCAUAGAUUUAACACUUGGCCUUUAUUAUAAUCGAAUUCGUGAUAAAGGUGCAUAAAGCUUAGGUUUAUGUAUAGGAAAAUGUACUAAUCUCUCAAAUUUGGUUCUUGGCCUUAGCAAAAAUUAUAUUGGCGAUGAAGGCGCAUCAGGAUUAAGUUCUGGUUUAGGAAAGUGCACUAAUCUAUCAAAUUUCAUACUUGGAAUUCGAAAUGAAAUUGGUGCAAUUGGUGUAUCAAGUUUAGUUUCUGGUUUAGGAAAGUGCAGUAAUCUCUCAAAUUUGACAAUUGAUCUUUAUAGAAAUUAAAUAGGUGCAAUUGGUGCAUCGAACUUAGGUUCUGGUUUAGGAGAAUGCACUAACCUCUAGAUUUUGACACUUAAUCUUAGUAACAAUAAAAUUGGUGCUUCUGGCGUAUUAAGCUUAGGUUCUGGUUUAGGAAAGUGCACUAAUCUCCUAAAUUUGUAACUUGAUCUUCGGACAAAUAAAAUUGGUAAUUAAGGUGCAUCAGACUUAGGUUUUGGUUUAGGAAAGUGCAUUAAUCUUUUAAAUUUGAAACUUUGCCUUGUUAGAAAUUAAAUAGGCCCACUUGGGGCAUCACGUUUAGGCUUUGGUUUAGGAAAAAGCCCUAAUCUUUAAAAUUUGGCACUUAAUCUUUAUAAAAAUUAAAUUCGUGACGAAGGCGCAUCAGAUUUAGGUUCUGGUUUAGGUAGGUGCACUAGUCUUUCAAAUUUGACACUUGAUAUUACUGAGACUAAAAUUUGUGAUAAAGGUGCAUCAGGCUUAGUUUAUGGUUUAAGAAAGUGUGCUAAUCUCUCAAAUUUAUCACUCAAUAUUUAGAGAAACUAUUUAGAAAGAGUAAAAUGUCUCAAAUUAAAAAAAUUAGUUACCAUAAACAUAAAAUAUUAAUGGUGGUGA